AUGCUGUGGCGGGCACUUCGCAGAUUUGGUCAAAAGCUGGUGCGGAGACGUGCACUGGAGCCAGGGAUGGUGGACACCCCCCUGGCCAGAUGCCUGAGCACGCUGGACUUAGUGGCCCUGGGUGUGGGCAGCACGUUGGGUGCAGGCGUGUAUGUCCUGGCUGGUGAGGUGGCCAAAGAUAAAGCAGGACCAUCCAUUGUGAUCUGCUUUUUGGUGGCUGCUCUGUCUUCUGUGUUGGCUGGGCUGUGCUAUGCAGAGUUUGGUGCCCGGGUUCCCCGUUCUGGUUCUGCAUAUCUCUACAGCUAUGUCACUGUGGGUGAACUCUGGGCCUUCACCACUGGCUGGAACCUCAUCCUCUCCUAUGUCAUUGGUACAGCCAGUGUGGCCCGGGCCUGGAGCUCUGCUUUUGACAACCUAAUUGGGAACCACAUCUCUCACACUUUGAAAGGGACCAUCUCACUGCAUGUGCCCCGUGUCCUUGCAGAAUAUCCAGACUUCUUUGCUAUGGGCCUUGUGUUGUUGCUCACUGGAUUGCUGGCUCUGGGGGCCAGUGAGUCGGCCCUGGUAACCAAAGUGUUCACAGGGGUGAAUCUUUUGGUUCUUGGCUUUGUCAUCAUCUCUGGCUUCAUUAAGGGAAGCCUGCACAAUUGGAGGCUCACAAAAGAGGACUACGAAUUGACCAAGGCUGGACUCAAUGACACGGACAGCUUGGGCCCUAUGGGCUCUGGAGGAUUCGUGCCUUUUGGCUUUGAGGGGAUUCUCCGUGGAGCUGCCACCUGUUUCUAUGCAUUUGUUGGUUUCGACUGUAUUGCUACCACUGGGGAAGAGGCCCGGAAUCCAAAGCGUUCCAUCCCUAUGGGCAUUGUGAUCUCCCUGUCUGUCUGCUUUUUGGCAUAUUUUGGUGUCUCUUCGGCACUCACCCUCAUGAUGCCUUACUAUCAGCUUCGGCCUGAGAGCCCUUUGCCUGAGGCAUUUCUCCACGUGGGAUGGGCUCCUGCCCGCUACCUUGUGGCUGUUGGCUCCCUCUGUGCUCUUUCUACUAGCCUUUUGGGCUCCAUGUUUCCCAUGCCUCGGGUGAUGUAUGCAAUGGCAGAAGAUGGCCUCCUGUUUCGUGUCCUUGCUCGGGUCCACAAAAGCACACAUACACCCAUUGUGGCUACUGUGGUCUCUGGCAUUAUCGCAGCAUUCAUGGCAUUCCUGUUUGAACUCACUGAUCUUGUGGACCUCAUGUCAAUUGGGACCCUGCUUGCUUACUCCCUGGUGUCCAUUUGUGUUCUCAUUCUCAGGUAUCAGCCCGACCAGGAGAUGAAGACUAGGGAAGAGGAAGUGGAGUUGCAGGAGGAGAAGACACCUGAGGAAGAGAAGCUGACCUUGCAGGCAUUGUUUUGCCCACUCAUUGCUAUCCCCACUCCACUCUCCGGCCGGCUUGUCUAUGUUUGUUCCUCUUUGCUUGCUCUACUGCUGACUGUCCUUUGCCUGGUGCUGAACCAGUGGACAGUUCCACUGCUUUCUGGAGACCCAGUGUGGGUCACAGUGGUUGUGCUGAUCCUGGUACUCAUUUUUGGAAUCACUGGGGUUAUCUGGAGACAGCCACAGAACUCCACUCCUCUUCACUUUAAGGUGCCAGUUGUGCCUCUUCUCCCACUAGUGAGCAUCUUUGUGAAUGUUUACCUUAUGAUGCAGAUGACUGCUGGUACCUGGGCCCGAUUUGGGGUCUGGAUGCUGAUCGGGUUUGCUAUCUAUUUUGGCUAUGGGAUCCAGCACAGUGUGGAAGAGGUUAAGAGUCAUCAACCUCUACCCAAGACUAGGGCCCAAACUGUAGACCUUGAUCUUACCAGUUCCUGCGUCCACUCAAUCUGA